CAUGUCCUCGUGUGACUGUAGCGUUUGUCUCCGUCUUUGAAGGAAGCUGACUGGCCUGCACAGAGCCCACUUCCAAACUAGUUUUAAUGUCACAAAGUCCUGCUCCCACAUCCACAUCUUAAAGCCAUAUUCAAGUUGAGCACAGUGCAACAUUCUCAGUGACUGGCAACACAGCCUUCUUCAAGCUCAAACUCAUGCAUCAUUCUGCACAGUGAAGGUUCAAAAAUGCCUAGUCCUUGGUUGUAGCCCUGCUGUGAAGUGUUUGGUUCUACUGGUGGGUGGAGCACCUCUCUCCAGCAGCCAUGUCGGGCUUCAAUCUCCUGCAUCUAAUAACCAAGAGCCAGCCUGUAGCUCUGAGGCCCUGCAGUCUUCCCUCAGGAGCAUGUAGGACUAAGAAGACCUGGCCAGUGAGCUUCCCUCAGGAGGAGCUGAAGAAGCGGCUCACACCUACGCAGUACCAUGUUACCCAGGAGAGAGGAACGGAGAGUGCCUUCACUGGAGGGUUCACCCAUCAUAAAGAUGAGGGGACCUACACUUGUGUUGUCUGCGGGGCCCUGCUGUUCAGCUCCAACACUAAAUUUGACUCGGGAUCGGGUUGGCCAUCCUUCUUUGACCUUGUGAAGGAAGAGUCCGUCACGGUCUCCGAUGAUUUCUCCUAUGGGAUGCACAGAGUGGAGAUCACCUGCAGCCAGUGUGGAGCUCACCUAGGACACCUGUUUGAUGAUGGACCGAGACCCACAGGAAAACGCUACUGCGUCAACUCGGCCUCAUUGGGUUUCCAGCCCAAUGGCGCCCCCUCCUCCACCUCCAGCUCUGCGGCAGAGGACGGAGCUGCCAGCAGCUCAGCGAGCAACGGGAAGACGGAGCUCUGAAAGACACUCAUGAGCUCCAGCAGGCUGACAGCUGUGCCUGUGUAGGGAGAGCUCGCAUACAUAAAAAGAGUUUUUGGUUCUGUGUUAUUGAUUUGCAAUGUAAAGAUAGUAGGUGGUUCUAUUAUUACGAAAGGAAAGAAGUUGCUCAGGCUUUAGACUCGGAUGUAUUCUCUAUCACAAAGGAAAGGACACGCUUCCAAAAAAAGUCCCAGUUUGCAAGACACACUGUAUCCACUGAUUGCCUUACUAAUUCCCUUUUAUUUUCUCAGUCUGGACAGUAGCAUUUGGUCUGUGCUGUAUAAUAGUAGACGCACACACACACACACACCCGCACGCGCAUAUAAAAUGUAGAGCCUUUUUUUUUUAUAUUCUAACUAAAAGAUAUUUUAUUGGAGUAUAUUUUUGAAGUGAAUUUGAUACUGAGAGGUUGAUUUAAUGAAACUGUCUAUGCAAGUCCUCCUGUGAGCUGUAACAGAGCAUACUGUGACCGAUAGCAUCUAAAUGUGGACAAAUAGAGUACUGUAGUCUUUAGGUCACUUCCUGUAUUUAUUCCUCUUUGCAGUAGGAAAUAUUUUGAGUUUGUGUUCACAGCUUGCAUUAAAAUAGUUACUGUGUGAAUAAAGUAUCUAGAAAACGCUGA